GCACAUAUAUAUAUAUAUAUAUACUCGUGCUUUGCCGCACCGGCAACCUGCGCCUCUUUAAGACGGAGCAAUUGAUCGACUUAGGCGUCGGUGGGAUACAGCUUGCAGGACAAGACUGUUAAGCGGCCAUCAGCCUCGCUACCCCGACGUCACUAUAUACUUUCUUCGCCAACUGCGCAUACGUGGACAUACAUAUAUACGAAUAUCCUAAUUGCUCUUUUGGAUAUCGAACCCAGGGUACGCACACCAAAUCAAACCAAAGUCGAAAGACUCCCUCGGCCCUUUCCCCCCCCAAUGGCUGCAAUCAUGUCCUCUGGCUCAUCUCCGGCGACAUCGCCUCCAGCAGUAAUCUUGUCGCAUUCUCCUUCACCGAAUCCGAACCACCCCCCAUUGCCUCCUUUAAUAACAUCGCCGCCCUCGCGUCGAUCUGCAAUUCCUCGCCCAAUGUCGCACGCUUCCAAGAACAGGCUCUCUCAGUACUCGACGGGCUCCAUUCCGUCGCGGUCACGCCCCACGUCUCAUUUAUUCCCUAUAUUCCAUUCAAGCCUCUCCUACACCAUUGUCCGUGAUUUCGCCUAUCCGCCGGUGAAUCCUAUGCACUAUGGCCCCCCUCCAGAACCUUCUCGACCGCCGUCCGGAAUGAUUACACCUGCUAGUGAAUCGCGACGAUUGUCCGACCCUCCGCCAUCAUGGGAUAGCAAGACAUCGUGGGAAUGGACGGCAGAUGGUGGAUACGGAAAGAGCGGGGAGUUGGCCCCGAUCCACUUUGGCGACGGGCCUCCGUGGAGUGAGGAUGAGGAUCUCCAUAGUCCUGUUGUUAGUUCUCGGCACAGGAAAAACAAGUCCACCUCUGCGACUAUGGGGCAUGGGAAGCCGAGGAGCGAUGGAUCAUCUGGUAUGGGUGGCAGCCACUUCAACACCGAGACGAGAUACUACGUUGGUACAAGCGGCGAUGGCAGCGAAAGAUAUUAUGUGAGCCAAGGUGGAGAGGCCAAUGGUCCUGGUGGGGAGUUCGUCACGUAUCCGCCAGACCAAACUCGUCAAUCGACAGCGGCGUUUCGAUCGGCAGACCAGCAGCCUCAACACUACGCCGAAAACAACGCUGGAUAUCAAUCCGAAUCGGAUACGUCGAGUGUUGCAUCUUCGCCGGGUUUCAAUGCAUAUGACGAGUCAAGGUAUUCUCGGGACUACCAAUUUACUAUUACCUCGCCAGACGAGGAAAUGCACGGCAAAGCCGUUGCCUUAUUUGAUUUCGAACGAGAAAACGAGAACGAGCUCCCUCUUGUUGAAGGUCAAAUUAUCUGGGUAUCGUACCGACAUGGGCAAGGUUGGCUUGUAGCGGAGGAUCCUAAGACUCAGGAAAGCGGGCUUGUCCCCGAGGAAUAUGUCCGCCUCCUUCGUGAUAUUGAAGGUGGCAUGACGAGUCUCGUGGCCCAGGUCGCUACGACCGAUGGCUCUGCAUCACCUAAUGAAGCGGGGACCCCGACACAAGCUGAGCAUAGUGGCCAGAUUUUACCUGCUUCACAAUCUGGACACACGCCAUCUUCAAGCACAUCGAAUGGGUACCACCAACCGAUAGUGUCCACGUUUUCCACCUCUAGUAAAGAUCUGGACCCGUAUCCGCAACAUUUGCUGGGCCAACAUGGGCAAGCCCCACAGGUUGUGCAUUAUCAUGGGCAACGAGGGGGUAGUCAGGCAAAUACGCCAACAGUGCAAAACACGUUUGAUACUGCGCUUGGCAGGCGGGGCAGUUCGGAUGUUAGGCGUAGUGAUUCGACUUCUACCAAAUCUCAACCUUUAGAGAUUUUACCAGAUGCGAGACUGACAGCUCCCGUAGCGGAUUCUGUCAAGGGAAAAGAACAGGAACAAACCCCACGGUGACAGUCAAUCAUGAUAUCAAUAAUACAUACAGUCUUCUGUCAUUAGACGAUUAUGUGUGAAAUCUUAUGAGCCAUUAAAACAUCAGCGUUUCGCACUAUGAUCUCUGGGAUUGACUGGCUGUCUGCGGUUUGUUAUAAAACCAACCCACGGAUAAACACCAACCAUUUCGUGCCUCGUACUCUAUAGAGACCGUACGGAGGCCAUAGCUGCUCCUGGCUGAAUGACAUUGCUAAAGUUGGUACCUCGAUUUGGAAGAUAAGUCUUGACCGGGCUCGAAAUACAAUGAAACGGAGAUGUGGAUCUCAACUAUCAUAGGUGUUGGUAUUGUACAGAGAAAAAGAGAGAUGAUCUGGCGUUUCCUGUGCAGGGAAAAAAAGACCGGGGGGGGGGUACGAUCUAAAUGACGUUUUGACCAUGAACGAAUUGAAUCGCAUGACUCUGCCUAUUGGCAAGCAAUAUUUUCAAUAUAUUUGACCCU